CCGUUCGCUGGGCUUGGCGACUGGCGAAUUCUUCCUUCCUCGGGUUAGGGUCCCGGGCUGGGAAACUGGUUCCGAACCCAACGGAACCCAGCGCCGGGCGACGCCGGGUCACGUGGCCGGCGGCCUCAUGACGUGCCGGCUGCGGGGCGUCAUCGUGACGUUCGGGCGAGCCGCCGAGUGGCCGCGCUACCUCUGCCACCUCCGCCACCUGUGCGGCCGCGGUGCUAUCAUGGACCUGGGACCCAUGCGCAAGAGUUACCGCGGGGACCGAGAGGCAUUCGAGGAGGCUCAGCUGACUUCCCUGGACCCCAUGAAGCAGUUUGCUGCCUGGUUCGAGGAGGCUGUUCAGUGUCCUGACAUAGGGGAAGCCAAUGCCAUGUGUCUGGCUACCUGCACCAGAGAUGGGAAGCCCUCUGCCCGCAUGGUGCUGCUGAAGGGCUUCGGCAAGGAUGGCUUCCGUUUCUUCACUAACUUCGAGAGUCGAAAGGGAAAAGAGCUGGACUCUAAUCCCUUUGCUUCCCUCGUCUUCUACUGGGAGCCCCUAAACCGUCAGGUGCGUGUGGAGGGCCCCGUGAAGAAGCUGCCUGAGGAGGAGGCCGAAAGCUACUUCCACUCCCGCCCCAAGAGCAGCCAGAUUGGGGCUGUGGUCAGUCACCAGAGUUCCGUGAUCCCCGAUCGGGAGUAUCUGAGAAAGAAAAACGAGGAACUGGAGCAGCUCUACCAGGAACGAGAGGUGCCAAAGCCAAAAUACUGGGGCGGCUAUGUCCUGUACCCACAGGUGAUGGAGUUCUGGCAGGGCCAAACCAACCGCCUGCAUGACCGGAUCAUCUUUCGGCGAGGCCUCCAGACAGGAGACUCCCCUUUGGGGCCCAUGACCCACCGCGGGGAGGAAGGCUGGCUCUAUGAGAGACUUGCGCCCUGACUCCCAAUCUGCCGGCACUGACGGGAGCUGGGGCCGGGCGCUAAGAGAGGGUGUGGGACGGGAGCCAGGCCCUUCUAAACUCAACCCAUUUCCCUCCCCAACCCUUAUAUUUAGGGCUCUUCAGAGUUCAUUCUCCGAGCUCUCAGUUCUCAGUGGGCUCUCAAUUAGCUGGUCUAGUGGAGUGUGACAGUGGCAUAGACAAUCACAGGUGGAAAAUAAUCCCAUAUUUUCUUGACCUUGACUAUGAUUUAUUGGGACAAUUCCCUCUAGGGGUAGCAGUUGGUGUGGUUCCCUUUUCUGGUGACACAGCUUGGGUCGCAGCAGCCCUGUCUGUUACCAUGUGACUGAGUCAUACUGACCAAAGCCAGUUGGUCCCAUCAUAGGCACCCAAGCCAAUCUAGCCAAUUGGUUUUCCCUGUCAACGAUUUGAAACUUGAAAUGGAGAGACCCAGAGCGUGGGAGUCAUUGCAGCCAAAUCAGCAAUGGCAGCUAAGAAGCAAGAGCUCUGCUGCUCUUUGUAAUUCCCUGAGGGGCCCUGGGUCUCUCCUCCCCAUGUCUGGGCUGUGCAACUCCCCCUCCUGCCUCAAUCCCCGCUAUCUCUAAAAAAAAAAAAUUGGGGGCAUAAAUCAGCCGGAAUCGAUGUCUGUUGCUUGCAACCAAAAGAACCUUAACUAACUCAUUUAUUAAUACAUAUUUUUUUAUAGGACUUACCCUACUGAUUGAUAGCUGCCUUUCAUUACCUGAAGCCCAGCAAUGCAGAAAAAAGAUGAAAUCUAUUCCCCGUAGUCCAAAGGGCCCGUGGGUGGAAGUUGCAUGGAAAUAGAUUUCAUCUGAAUAUGGGGAGGGAUUUCAAAUAAUUGGGGCUAAGAGGGCUGCCUGUUCGGUAGUGAGUGUUCCGUCACUGGAAGUAUUCAGUGCCAGUCAGUUAGGAGUUUUGUAGAAGGGAUUCCUGUGCUGGUACCUAGGGGCCAGGAAGAUUUUAAUCAAGCUUUACUUUCCAUGUUUGUUUAUGAAAACUAUAUAUGUGUGUAUAUGUACGUACAUAUAUAUAUUUAAUAGAUAUUUUUUAUUUUCCAGGUAGAAUUAAAUUAUUGUAGAGAUUAUCCUUUCUGAUUACUCAUACAUGCCCCUCCCCUUCACCCCCCCCACUGAUGAUGACUCUUAGACCACUGGCUUCGUCCAUGCUGGAAUUACCCAGGGAGCUUGAAAAACCCUGAUGCCUGGGUCCCACCCUCAGGCGUGAUUUAACUCAUCUGAGUGCAGCCUGGGCUUUGGGAAAUUUCAAAGCUCCCCAGGGAAUUCGGUGCACCCAAGGUUGAGACCUCUAGUCUAGAUCCUUGCUACUCGUGGCGUGGUCCACAGGCCAGCAGCAUCAGUAUCACUUGGGAACCCACCCCAGACCCACUGAGUCCCAUUCUGCAUUUAACAAGACCCCCUAGGUGACCAGAUGCACCAGCCUCAACCCCUAAACCAACGACCUCCCACCCUCACAAUGGGGUUCUUCAGUGAGUCUCAGCUGAGGCCUGUGCUGAACUGUAUUUGCUUUCCCUGAGCACAAAUCUAGUGACUAGCAACAGCCUGGAUGAGUGGCCUACAGGCUUCGGAGAGGAGCCAGGCUGGGUAAAUGUUUGCUGUGACUGAGCCAGGAUCAGAGAACUGACUAUUGUUUGUGCAUGUUGGCAUUGAACUUACCACUCUGUAAACUGUGCUUCAUUCCUCUGGAAGGGCGUGUGCUUCAGUGCCUGUUAUUGACCGGCUCUUCCAAGGGUGGCCCUCUGGGUUUGAUCCCCCCUUAAGCCUGAGUGCAGGAAGGCACAACGCUAACCUGUGGCCAUCUACAGGCGAGGGGCCUGGGGCGCCCUUCCCUGCCUGGUCCUGUUUGUGUUAUUGGUGGCUGUGUUUCCCCCCAGCUUUGAGGCUGGUCUCGUCUGUUCCUUUCCUGUUCUCUGUCCGACAGUCACUGUGCCAAGUCUGUAAUAAAAGCUUGUCAGCCGUGCAUGA